AUGCAUGCCAAAACGAGUUUAAAGACGAAAACGAGCAAGGGCAGUCAGGUGAGAAGAUGCUCGUUUUGCCAUUGACAGAAGCAUCAGCAAAUAUAAAGUUGGUCAGUUCUACGAAAAUUUUCUUAGUAGGAUAUGCAGCUUUUUUUUUAAAGAUCCAUAUCUUCCUUAGAAAUAGGUAUUUUUUUGCUUUUGAUUCCGUUUUUUGAUUCAAGUUGUGAUCGGUGGAAAUAAGAUGGAACAUUCUCGUCGCUGAUGAAUUUUUUGUACAUUUCGAGAAUAAGCUUGAGAUCUAAGCAUUCUGAAAUCCGCACCAUUGUCCUCUUCAACUUUUUCUUCUUGAUAUAUCGCUUUUCAAUAAUUUUUAUUGAUACUCACUGUUUUUGAAGUCCUUCAGAAGUGCAGUUCAAAAAAUCAUUAAAAGAAAGAAGAAAAAGACGCGGAUUGCGCAAGCGCAUCGGAACCGAAGGAACACCGGUAUCGGCGUCAAGUUCAACGAACUUCGGCGUGUCAAACAGACACUUGCGUCGGAUCCGUCGCCGUAAAAUCGCUUUCUUCUCUCCUUGCGCAGAUGCUGGAGAACGAAGAAGAUGUUUCAGGUUUGGGCCGAAUGUCCCUCGGCCCGACCGCGUCGUCGCACCGCCCGUGGAUUUUGUCUUUUGGCCAUUUUUCUGCUUCUCUGCUGUUCUACGACUCCUUCCGUCUUCCAAUACUUAGCCCCAUCCACAACGAAAACCGUCACCAUCGAUCUUCUUAUUUGUCCUACUUUCUCUUUCGAUUAUUUUAAUCGGAUUUCAAAAAUCCUCCGCCUCGAACUCUGUAUACGUCUCAAACCUUUCUUCUUUCUUUAGUGUUAUAAUAUUUCUUCCAUUUCACUCAUCUGUGGCGUUUCAUUGAGAUGGUAGUCGCCUUUUUAUUUUUUUCGGAAACUAGCUUUUUGUGGAUACAAUGGAAACAAAAUUAUUUUAAUCUGAACUUUCUGAACAGAAAAAUUUCUUGAUUGAUUACUCCUUUUUUUAAAGCCGGAGAGCCUUAUAAAUCUGAGCCUUUUUCCUAAAUUGAAUUUUUGAAAAAAAGUUAAUUAAGUGCGAAAUACGUUUAAAAAGAAACCAAACUUCUAUAUACUUUUUUUCUCUCGUUGCAACAAAGGGAAAAUUAAAUAUGCACGAUUCUAAGAUUCUGUUAAGCCUAGACAAAGCCGACAGCGCGAAAAAAAAAUCCUAGAAAAAAAAGAAACGAAUUUUCGGAAAAUUUGAGUAAGUUUUUUUUUCAUUUUUUUUGGUCUCCCUAGCUAGAAAAGACCCAAAAACGACGGUGUCCCGAACUUUCGGUUGGCAAGCACUUGUCGUCGUUCAACUUGAAUAUCAGUAUGAAGGCAGGGGGAAUUACGGACAGAGGCGUCUACCAGUCAUUGUGGCACCAACCUCCUUUUGUUCUUCUGACAGGUAUAAAGGUGAACAAGAGAAGCAGAAGCUGGUUCAAAACGGCAAAACGCCGUUCCGCUCUCGACGCUCUGACUGAUUCACCCUUACAAUACGGCUGUAAUUUCCGCUUGUCACCUGUAAGUGGAUCCUAGAAGAACUUGUUGCCAUCGCUUGUUUUUUGAUCAGAACUUUUUCUGAGUUUCCUUUCUUAAGUUCUGAGCAAUCUGUCUAAUCUAUCGAAAUAAUAAGUCUUUAAGUUAUAUAUCUACUUUUAAAUGUAUUGCUACGUCUGAAUAUUUCAGCCGAACUAAAAAACCAAUUGUAACUUGAAUUUUCAAGAUUGGGCCAGUAGACAAAAACAAUGCAUUCAAUAAUUUAUUAUCUCUCAAAAAAGAAGUGUCAAUAAAAUACUUACCACCGUCUUAAGAGACAUAAUCUAAUGAGGAGCAGUAAGAUCGCCAAAGACCAUGCAAAAAAAAGAAGAGAUUUGAAUGUAUUUGUGGAGUUGUUGUCUCAAAUAUCUCGCCACCUUGAGAAGGUCGUACUUUCCUCAACAAUGAACUUCUUUACAACAUCAUCAAUAACUGACGCCACCUUCAAAAACCGUUCAACAGCCGUUCAUUCAAGUUUUCCACUUUGUAUUCGUGGGCGCGAAAAAAAAGAAUGUUAUAAAAUUGAGCGAUCGCAAUCAGACCGUGUACUGGCUAGCGCAGACUGCUCUUUGGCCUGCCUGUCGUUUUCCAUUUCACCUACACUCUUCCCGGUCCGAGCUUUCUCCGAGGGUUUCCAGUUUGGCAAGGUCUCCGGUGUGUUCGCACUUAAUAUUCACUGCUUAUCUUGCCAACGUCCGCCCACAGCUUUCUCCUUUGCAUCUCUCGCGUUGGCAAAAAGCUUUUUUGGCCGCUUCACAGUCUUAGGAGCGCCUUGCCUUCCAUGUGAUUUGAAGACGUUGCCGCCGACGAGUCGCCACAUCUUCACCGGGGUCCGCAGCUUUCUUGUUGGCGCCGCUCAGGCCGGUUCGCGACAGCCUUGCCGUGCGGCCUUUCUGAAUGCCGAUGCAUCACUCCAUCUUAUUGA